AGUGGGCGUCUCUCUGUCACAUUCAUCAGUUCAUGUUAAACAUGUAACCAGGAAAGAAACACUCAGAUCUCAUCUGAACACACAUCGAGAGCUUCAGAAGAACUGAAUCUACUAACAACAGAGAAGAUCAUUGAAUAAGAGAAGAAUGAAGAUCAUCUGGACUUUCACUCUGCUGAUGAUUCCUGGUGUUGUGAGCUCCAUCAGUGUGACAGGAUAUUCAGGAGGAGGAGUCAUCAUCACAUGCAGAUAUGAUAGAAAAUAUACAGAAAAUGCAAAGUAUUUUUGUAAAGGACAGUAUCUAGUAUGCUCUGAUCUCAUCAAGACUGAAGUGAAAGAGAAAUGGGCUGAUAAAGGAAGAUUCUCUUUGUAUGACGACACAAGUGCAGCAGUUUUCACUGUGACCAUCAGAGAUCUGAGUGAACAGGAUUCUGGGACGUACCAGUGUGCAUCUGAUCUCUCUUUGAGUAAAGAUUCAUACACUGAAGUGAAGUUGAAUGUUUUAACAGCAGCUGAUUGUUGUGAGAAGAGCAUCAGUCUAUCAGCUGCUGCAGGAGGAUCUGUGAACAUCAGCUGCAAAUACCCACAAUCCCACAGUGCUGAUGUCAAGUUUGUCUGCAGGAGAUCUGGAUCUGAUCUCUGUGCUGAAGAGACGUCUGUGAAGGAGAACAGAAGAUGGAGCGCUGAGGGACAGAUCCAGCUGUAUGAUGACAGAGAGCAGCAGCUCCUGACGGGAACCAUCAGUCAUGUGACUCAACAACAUUCAGCUGAAUACUGGUGUGGAGUUCAGUCUGAUCAAGGACACAAGAGCUUCAUCACACGAGUCCUCAUCAGUGUUACUGAUAUUCCAAAAACACCUUUACCAUCAUCAUCAUCACCAUCAUCAUCAUCAUCAUCAUCAUCAUCAUCAUCACCAUUAACAUCUGCUUCUUCAUCUUCAUUAUCAGUCAGAAGUUCACAAAUCACAGGAGUUUCCAAAUCAACAGCAGCAGGCUUUUCUCUGAUCAUUCCUCUGGUUCUGGUUCUUCUGGCUCUGAUCAUCACUGGUCUCUUAUUACUGUUUCUCUUUAAGAAGCAUCAGUCUCAAGGCGCUGGUUCAUUAUCUCAAGCUGAAGCAGGAAAACGUGAUUUGGUUUCUCACACUGGUUGUGAUUAUGAGAACAUUGAAAACACUCAGAAACAAUUACUCACAAACCCUUCUGAUUCAUCUAACACUGUUUAUGCCACUGCUCAAUUACCCACAAAUCCCUCUGUUUCUCCUGACUGUGUUUACUGUACGGUUCAUGAAGCCACUGGUGACUCUCAGGUCGUCAUCACAUCUGCUGAUGAUCUGAAUUACACUGUGGUGAAUUUCCAGAAGACAGCAGACUGUCCUGACAGUGUCAGUUUGAGGAAUAAUCAGGAUUUCAGUGAAUACGCUGCUGUCAAUCAUCACACUGCCUGACGAGCCACAGCAGAGAAUCUCAAUGAGCUGAAUGCUUUGUUAUAAGGAAGUGGGCGUCUCUGUCACAUUCAUCAGUUCAUGUUAAACAUGUAACCUGGAAAGAAACACUCAGAGCUCAUCUGAAC